AUCGCGCGUGAGGAAUAGCGGCCGGAGGAGAUCGAAGGGAAGGGAGGAAAGUAGAGGGGUAUGGGGAAGGGGUGGAUCCGGCUGGGGGUGGCGGUGGGAGCCGUGGCGUUACUGGUGGGAGCGGGCCAGCGGUACGGGCUCGACGCGGAGGCGGCGCUCCGGCCGUUCCGGCAGUUGGAGGAGCGGCUCGGGAUGUGGGCCAUCCCGGUGUACGUGGCGGCCCACACCCUCACCCUUGCGCUUUGCCUCCCCUACGCCGUCUUCUUCGAGGCCGGCGCUUCCCUCCUCUUCGGUUUCCUUCCCGCCGUCCUCUGCGUCUUUUCCGCCAAAGUCCUCGGCGCCUCCUUAUCUUUCUGGAUCGGACGGGCAAUUUUUAGGAGCUCAAAAUCAGCAACAGAAUGGGCACAUAGCAGCAGAUACUUCCAUCUCCUCGCUAGAGGAGUUGAACGCGACGGUUGGAAAUUUGUGCUUCUUGCCCGGUUUUCUCCCUUGCCAUCCUAUGUCAUCAAUUAUGGUUUGGCCGCCACAGAAGUUGGUUUUCUUGUUGACUUCCUUCUUCCUACUGUUACCGGUUGUUUGCCCAUGAUCCUCCAGAACACAUCUCUUGGCAGCCUUGCUGGUGCUGCUGUAGCCUCAACAACUGGCUCUAAGUCUCAGGUCUACUCAUACAUUUUUCCGUUGCUUGGAAUUGCUUCCAGUAUUCUCAUAUCCUUGAGGAUAAAGAAGUACUCAUCUGGGUUUGCCGAAGAAUUUAACCAACCUGUAUCGGCUAAGAGCUCCGACGGAGGAGGGAUCAAUUCUGUGCAGUCAUCAUCCAAUGAGGCUACUGAAAAACCAAGAAGAAGAAGAAAAUGAAUUAAUUUUAUUUUCAUUUUCACAUUUUCUGCAAUCAUCCAGAGCUCAUAAUAUUCAGUGUCUGGACUUAAGAACAAAAGUUAUCAAUUAAUUGAGCCAUCAAGGGCAGUUUUCAUGCUUUUA